CAUUUGACACAAUUUUGACAGGUCAUAGUCCAACUACUUCCGAAAGUUUUUAAAGUAUAAAACUUUUAAUAUUUAUUUAUAGCUAGUUAACUACAUUAGUGUUGUUUUAUUACAAUUUGAUUUAGUUUCCUACCAAAAUAUGGCUUCCAAAGUAGCAAAAUCUUUGUUAAAAGUGUCCUCACCCAGUUCAACCGUGAAGUUUGAUACAGCUAGAAGAGCACUCAGUGUGAGUGCAGCAUUACAACAGAAGAAGACAUUGCCGGACCGCACCGGCAAGAAUGUGGUGUUGGUGGAUGGAGUCAGGACUCCGUUCCUCGUGUCCUUCACUGAUUAUGCUAAGAUGAUGCCUCAUGAGCUUGCCAGACAUUCACUUCUUGGCUUACUGCAGAAGACUGGGGUAUCCAAGGAUGUGAUUGACUACAUAGUAUAUGGUACUGUCAUCCAAGAAGUGAAGACAUCCAACAUUGGUCGUGAGGCGGCCCUUGCUGCUGGCUUCAGUGAUAGAACACCAGCGCAUACUGUUACUAUGGCUUGUAUAUCUUCUAACCAAGCUAUAACCACAGGUGUUGGCAUGAUAGCUGCGGGUGCGUACGACGUGAUAGUCGCAGGAGGUGUUGAGUUCAUGUCUGAUGUUCCCAUUCGUCAUUCCCGCAAGAUGAGAUCUUUGCUGCUACGUCUCAACCGCGCUAAGACUCCUGCACAGCGACUCUCCUUGAUUGCCUCUAUACGACCGGAUUACUUCGCACCUGAGUUGCCGGCUGUGGCGGAGUUCUCGUCCGGGGAGACGAUGGGGCACAGCGCGGACAGACUAGCGGCCGCAUUCGGCGCCUCGCGCGCUGAACAGGACGAGUACUCGCUGCGAUCCCACACUUUGGCCGCUGAUGCUAGAGAUAAGGGAUACUUUACUGACCUCAUCCCUGUUAAAGUGGAAGGCAAGGAGGGUGUGGUAGAGAAGGACAACGGCAUCCGCGUGUCCUCUCCGGAGCAGCUGCAGAAACUGAAGCCGGCCUUCAUAAAGCCGCACGGCACCGUCACCGCCGCCAACGCCUCAUUCCUCACUGACGGCGCGUCUGCGUGUCUGAUAAUGUCGGAGUCGAAGGCCAAGGAGCUCGGCCUCAAGCCCAAGGCCUACGUACGAGACUUCACUUACGUCGCUCAGGACCCUGUAGACCAGUUAUUGCUGGGACCCGCGUACGGCAUCCCCACCAUCCUGGACAAGGCGGGCCUCAAGCUGAGCGACAUCGACACCUGGGAGAUACACGAGGCCUUCGCGGGUCAAAUUUUAGCUAACUUGAAGGCGCUGGACUCUGACUGGUUUGCUCAGACAUAUCUCGGACGUCAGUCAAAGGUUGGCAACCCCGAUAUGAAGAAGUGGAACGCUUGGGGCGGCUCUCUCUCUAUCGGACAUCCUUUCGCUGCCACUGGAGUGAGGUUGGCGAUGCACACGGCACACCGGCUGGUCCGCGAGGACGGCCAGCUCGGGCUGAUCUCCGCAUGCGCGGCCGGCGGCCAGGGCGUCGCCAUGCUGCUCGAGAGACACCCUGACGCUAAAGCUGAGUAGGGGACAAAACUGCUGCUGUACGGCUAACGAGACAAUAGUUGUCACAUAAUAUACAAGUGUAGUCUAUAAGAGACUACAAGUGUAGUCUGGAGACUACAAGUGUUGUCUAAAUACUACAAGUGUUGUCUAGAGACUACAAGUGUUGUCUAGAGACUACAAGUGUUGUCUAGAGAUUACAAGUGUUGUCUAGAGAUUACAAGUGUUGUCUAGAGGCUACAAGUGUAGUUAUGUGACUAGAAGUAUCGCCUAGUGACUCCAACUGUUGUCUUGUUACCCUUAAAGAAUGUAUAACUUCUUAACUUCUAGAUAGCCGAUCAUCUCUCUGUGGCAGGGUAGGGACACUACAAUACUCUGUUAACUUACUACUUGAUUGUACUGAAAUUACUGUAAGUUAUUGUAUUUAUAUGGUUUUUUUGUAUAAAUCUAACAUUGGUAUAUACCAAUUGACAUAUGUCAAAGG